UGGCUCUUAAUCAUUCAACAAGAAAAUAAUCCAAAGAGUGGGAAAAUCUAAGAUGGACAUUGGGAAUGGUGUUUAAGUAAAAAUGAUUAGUAUGACUGUGCUUAUUACCUUUUUAACAAUUCAUCAAGUUCAGUGUUGGCCGGCCCAAUCUGCAGAAAUUCCUAUUUCUUCUUCAGUCAAUCCCCUCUCUUCGGAUCUUUCUGGUAUGGUACAUCCACCUCCUCCACAACUUCCAUGGAAUCCUAAACCUACUCAUAUUCCUAUUCUUCCUCGUCUUCCUCCAUGGCGUCCUCCUUGUAAACCUAACCCUACGCCUCCUCCCAUAUGGCGUCCUCGUGUUCCUAUUCCUCGUUUUCCCUCGCUUCCUCUUCCUGAUCCUGUUGUUGAAGUUUCUAAAGAUGUCGAAGCUCCUUAUCCAGCACACCUGCAGCCUGAAGCAUUCAUUCAUAUUUCUUCUUCGGAUGAUGUUGAUCAUUCCACUUCUCGCCAAGGGAUCGCCAGAGCAAUAAGGAGAGGAACAACAAAUUUCAAUAAUGAGGUGAUUGGGAAGAAGGUUGAGGAAGCAGCCAUGGAAGUUCAGAAAGCGAUCCCUUCUGCGACAAUAAUUGUGAAGAAGAAAUCAAUGGUUCUACAAGACAAAGGUCGAGAGGCCACAGUGAUUUUGUUCACCGACAACAAUGACAUUGUUACUAGCGUUUGGGUGUUGGUGAAAAGAAUUCCUAAAAAAAAAUUGAUCAUAGUCUGUUUGUGUUUUAAGGGGAUGGAGAAAUAGAAUAAGGCUAUAAAACUUAUAUACCUAGAAUUAUACAUCUAAUAUACUUUUAUUCAAUUAAAUAAAGACAAGUGAAUUUUAGUA